AUGGAAUCAGAGAGUGCUCAAGUGUAUCCUGAGUCUUCUCCCAUUCCUCUUUCAAAAGUUGCAGAUCCAAGGCCUGAACCAAUUAAAUCUUCUCAGGAUUCUAGACCUGGUCCCAGUACAUACCAACACCUACAUAUUCCUAUGAAAAUGAUGGAAGAUUUUUUAAGACUAGCUUCCGAAAACACACAGAAAAACUUAGAGACAUGUGGUGUUCUUGUAGGCUUCCUGAAAAACUGGAUUUUUCAUAUCACUACAGUUAUUAUCCCAAAGCAGGAGUCAACUUCAGACUCGUGUUCAACAUUGAACGAAGAAGAAAUAUUUGAAGUUCAGGACAGCUUAUCACUGUUUCCUUUAGGCUGGAUACAUACACACCCAUCACAAACUUGUUUUGUGUCAUCCGUGGACCUGCACACCCAUUACUCAUACCAGGUAAUAUGGCAUUAUUAUUAUUAUUCGAAUUCUGUGACUAUUCACAUUGUAGAUUUUGCUGGAGCAGUCUAUAAAGAAGAUAAAAGAGCAAAUAUCAUGAAUAUUAAUAGAGAACUGGUUUGUGGAGGUUUGAAACCCCAUAGAAUAGCUGCUCUUUUUAAAAUGGGAAAUUUCUUUUGUGGGGAUUUUGAACCGCCACAAACAUUAACCAAGAACUGUCACAAAAUGCUAGCACAGAACCCCCACAAAGGGAUAGAAAACCGCCACUAA